GAGAAAUGUGGUAAAUGGUGGUAACAUAGUCAAGAAUCUUGAUAUUUACAAGAAAGAAACUACGUCUUAAAUAAUGAUAAAAAGGCCCAAACCCGGCGAAGGAGAAGAUGACUUACUCCAGAUGCAGGAAGAUUUUUUCAAAGAGAAGAGCCGCAAUCCAAACCAUCAGCCAGCUGCUCAAGUUACUAAUUUACGUUCAUCACAACCAACCAAAAGAACGAGUAUAGACGAUUCGAGUGGUAGAAAACCUUCUAAAUACGCCGAAUCGAAAGGUCUUAGAAACCACAAAGAAAAACGCGCUCGCAUUGAAAAUGCAGAAAACUCAUGUUUGGGUGAUAUUUAUGAAAAAAAUCAGGAGAGUAUGUCUCAAGUUUCAAUUGCUGAGGAUGAUAAGGUCUACUUCCCAGUAGUUAUUCCAUCACUAUUAGGAGACAUAAAAGAAAGAAAUAUUGGUGAUUUUGUUGAUCCUGAGGAAUCAUCAAUGCCAGCUGAGGGGUUUCCAGUUGCAAGUAAACGUGAUACGAAAAUAAAUGAUAAUACUAACAGAGUCACAGAGUAUCUUAAGUUUCCAUCAAAUUCUAAGACCCAUGAAAUGGAUGUUGAUCAACCAUCCACAUCAGAGAAAAAUGAUAAAACUAAUAGUUUCAAAGAGCCUACUAAUCUACCAAGAAAAAGAUUUGUUCUCUCAUCUGAGGAGGCAAAUGAAAUCCACAAUGAAAACAUAAACAUUUUGAGUAAGAUGACAGAAGAUGAAAUAUUGCAAGAGCGUCAAAAAUUACUUUCUACUCUGGAUCCAAAAUUAGUAGAAUAUCUUAAAACUAAAAGGAAACCACUGUCUGCAGAAUACUUAGAGCAUGAGAAAGAUUAUGUUCGGAAAGAAACAGAAAAAAUGGAUUUACAACAAAGUGUGGAUAAUGAUGAUGAUAUUUUAUGGGAAAAUGACAUCUUAUCCCAUCCUUCACUGAAUAAGUGGUUACAUUUUGAUUCUUUGGAGAAAGAUAAGUUAGAAUGGAUGAAAGGUAUCAAGCAAAGUAAGAAGGUACAGCCUAAUGAGCCAUAUGAAGCAAGAUUUGACUUUAAUGGAUAUUUGAUGCCAUACACUGUGGAAUAUACAGAGAAUACAAAACCUCUUUUCCAUCAUGGUGAAGAACCACAUCGUCCGGGUUAUACAAUUUCUGAGUUGAUUGAGCUAUCCCGGUCUGCUGUCAGCCAGCAAAGGGUGAUGGCACUGAACUCUAUAGCAGGCAUACUUGAGUAUCAUAACAUUGGUACUUACAAGGAUAUAAUAGAAAUACCUUUGACCAAGUUGUUUUUUGUAAUAAGGUUUGCCAUGGAUGAGAAUAAAACAAUAAUCUUGGAGCCAGCUCUAAAAGCUAUGAGAAAUUUGCUUUACAACAAGGUAGAUGAAGCGUGCCUUGACGCACUCAUAGGAUUUGAAGAGGGCACUCAGCAACCGUGUCUGGAAAAUGAUAAAUCUGAAAUAGAUGAAUUGGAUUCGAAUGAGACUGAAUUGAAAGACUUCCACUUGGCGGAAAUUGACAUUAUAGCAGCCCUAUUGAGGACAAAUAUUCUCCAGAGGUUAUACUAUAUCCUAGAUAUAAUCAAACCCAGUUUUAAUUGUGUACAAUAUUGCAUGCAAAUUUUAAUAAGAUUGGCUAGAGAUUCUGUCGAAACAGCAAAUCAAAUAGUUGCAACUGAUAAUUUAAUGAAAACAGUAAUUGAUAAAUUUGUACCCACAACAGAUAUCAACUUUACCUUCAAACCUCAAAUUGUAUAUAAUGGUAAGCCAAUAUUGGCCGCAUUAAAACUUCUUCGGGUACUUACUUUACAAUCACAAGAUAUUGGUGUUAAUUUGGUAAACAAUCAUGAGCUUUCAAAACCAAUAUCAAAUUAUAUUAGCUCUGGUGUGGAAAGCACCUAUGGCUUGAGGAUUCAAAUUGAAUCAUUUUGUAUUCUUACAAAUUUAUUGCAGUAUGAUGUUGGGACAGAACUCUCCAAGUCACUUUUUCCAGUUAUCAUUAUGGCAUUGUACAAACAUGUUAAAGGAACUAAUGUUUAUGUGGAUACAUCUUUAAUAUCUAUCACACAUGCAUCAGUUGUACUGCAGUUUUUUAAUAUAUUUUUACGUUUUAACAUGGUCAACAUGCACAGUUUUAAACAGCAAAUUUAUCCAUUGCUCAAGGAAGGUGUGCAGAAAUGGCUUAUGCAACUGGCAAACUCGGAACAUUAUACAUGCGGUCAUUCAAGGCUUCUAAGUUCUAUUUUGGACUGCUGUAAAACUGUAUUAAUAAAUGAGAAUAUUGAAAUUAAGGUUUUAGGUGGAUUAUUCAAAGUAUUAGCAGCUUCCAAAAGUUUUGAACAAAUGUUAGAGCAGUUAGUGCCUUCUUCAAAUUUACUAUCAGAUAUUAAAAACAGAGAGCUGUACAGUGCAAAAAACUUGACAAAUCUUGGAUCUUGUGUAGUGGAUAGAACACAAAAAGUACUACCAAUAUUGAGCACCUUGUCCCCGUUGCCAUUUUUAGCUUCACUUUACAAGUUGUUGAGUUAUAUAAAUGAUGUCAACUUAACACAAAUGUAUAUAGAACGUUUGAGUAAUUAUUUGAAACUUUUAGCCAAGAAAGUACCAUCACUAUGUGACAACUGGUUCAGUAGAAUAGAAACGGAAUUUCUAUUUUUUGUUAUCAAAGUAGCAAUUCAGAGCAACAUCCCAGAGUCAAAUAAGGAAUUAAUUUAUGCCGUUGCAAAUAAAAUGUGUUUCAUUUUAAGGAUUGACAAGAAAUUUGAUUUGCAAUAUAUUUUCAGGAAUGUUGUAUUUAAUAAACAUUGGUUUACAGCUGAAACACUAUUGAAUCUGGUGUCCUUGUCUGACACUGAAGGAUUUUCUAAAGUUUUGACAUCCAUUGAUAAUAUCAGGCUCUGCUACAGUAAAGUUGUGAACACAAAUUAUAGGCACACUGGCCCCAGUAUAACAUUACGUAAAUGGCAGGAACCAAUACUACCCAGAGACUGGAUAUAUUUGCCGAUACUGAUGUUGUAUGGUAAGAGCCAAGAGGUUACAGUCGUUGGUCAGUACGCAAGGCCAGUGUCGAUGCAUGAAGCUACUCAAAAGGAACUUGUGAUUGUUUGCAGUUUAGAAUGGAUAUUAUUUUAUGAGUCAUGUUUCCCAGAUCUACUGAAAGACAUUGAUGUCACCGACAGGUUUUGCAGGAUAAUGUGCGUGUUCCUUUGUGACAACUCUCUGUUUUUGGAUAAUAAUGUAAAAGUAUUGCUGCGGAAAUGUACUCAAAUUUUAUUCAAGAGAAAAUCCUCGUUUAAUUUUGAUAUGCCACUAACUGGUUUGCAUAACUUCCAAGACUUUUACACCCAGCUGUUGGAGCAAUUUCAGUCUGUAAGCUAUGGAGACGCGACGUUCGCCGCGUGCGUUCUUGUGCCUUUAGCUCAGAAGCACAAUGUAAAAUGGCGCAAGAUUCUGUGGUCUGAGUACGCUGGCUGUCUCAGAGCUCUGGACUGUCCAGAAGAAUUACUAUGCUAUGACAUGAAUCAAUACUUGUAUCCUGUAGAAACAGACGAAUCUCUGAUUAGGUCCUAUUGUCAAGCACUUUCAGGCAGCCUAAUACGGCCCGAUACGAUUGUUUACAGGAUAGCACGACAUCAUGUCGAAAUGUUCAAUAAAAUUAAGAAACAAACUGACGCCGAGUAAUUGUAAGAAAUAAAAUAUUAAUUUAUGAUUUAAAUGAG